AGCUAUUUCCCCUUUCUUCUCCAAAUCAACCGAGAACCCUUCUCCGCCUUAGCCGUCUUCUCGUCCUCCUUUCCCGCCCGCCUAAGAUUUCCUCCCCGCCGUCGCCUCGCCGUUCUCUCCCUAUUUCGCCUUCGUCGCCGUUCUCCUGUUCGCAGCGUUGUUUCUGACCUCCUAUCCGCCGUCGAUCUCCGCCGUCGCCGUCUCGUGUCGUCCUCCUCAUCUCUGCAACGUAGCAAUGCCUGCAAAUAUGGUCUCACGAGCCUCUCUCAUUCAAUCCAAACCCUCCCUGUCCUUCAACACACAGAACAGUCUUAAUCUCCCUCAGUCCUCUGUGUCAUCAAAUGUCGGUUUUGUUGGCACCAGGAGAAAUGGGUUAGCCAUCAGAUGUUCGGUGGCGUUCCCUGAAGCUGCUUCAAGAUUUGUCGAUUCAAGUAGGAAGGGGACUAAAAGCCCUGUCGAAAUUAUGACAGUUUCACUUAUAAUCUUUGCCAGGAAAAUUUCGUUUCUUAGUAAGUAUAUGGCAGAGCUGGGAUGCGAAUUUGAGGUUUAUCGGAAUGACGAAUUAACUGUGGAGGAGUUGAAAAGGUAUACAUUUUAUGUUUGUAAUAUGAUCAUAUAUCUUGUGAGAUGUGAAUCUCCAAGGAUUCUGGAAUAUGUUUGCAAGACGGUUUUGGAGCUCGGACCAAUCGUACCCUUGUUUUGUGUGUGUAUGGGUUUACAGUGCUUUGGCGAGGCAUUUGGUGGGAAGAUUGUGCGUUCUCCCUUCGGGUCCAUGCAUGGGAAAAGCUCCCCGGUGUACUAUGACGAGAAAGGCAAAGGCUUGUUUACUGGGUUGCCAAAGCAUGGGGUGCAGUUUCAUCCAGAGAGCAUCAUAACCUCAGAAGGCAAGAUCAUCGUUCAGAAUUUUCUCAAGAUGAUAGAGGAGAAGGAAGCUGAGUCAACAAACUAG